UCAAACAUUAGUCGGGACGAAAUCAAGAUGUAAUCGCCUUUAAAAAAAAUACAAUUGAAAUUGUCAAGGAGCAUUUAUGUAGUACGCAGGACAAUUCCGUCAAUUGUUAACAAAUAAGCUGUAGUUACUAGACUUAAGAAAUGGAGGACAAGACAUCGAAGAAUAACGGGGUCGAUAACUCAGAAGCGAAAGAAGAUACGGAGUUAGUAAAAGAUGUCGAUUAUGAUCAACUACUCUCAGCAGCCGGUGAAUUUGGCCGGUAUCAAGUUUAUUUAUUCUUCUUGAUGGGACCCUUUUACAUUUUUGGAGUGUUCAGUUACUUUUCACAACUCUUCUUGACGGAAGUAUCUCCUAACCAUUGGUGCAGGAUACCGGAAUUGGAAAACUUAACGCUAAUCGAAAGACGGGAACUAGCAAUCCCAACGGACAACUCAAUAUUUGGAUAUUCAAGAUGCACUGAAUUUGUUGCCAACUGGACUGAAGUACUUGCCUCUGGAAUCAAGCCCAACGACACGUGGGGAACACAGUCAUGUCAGCAUGGAUGGGAGUUUAAUCAAACUGAAAUACCUUAUCCGACAAUAUCGAGUGAGUUAGGGUGGGUUUGUGACAGAGCUAGCUACCAAGCUACCGCCCAGUCAAUCUUCUUUGUUGGAUCCAUCAUCGGUGGUUUUAUAGUGGGUUGGAUUGCAGAUCGCUUUGGAAGACUGCCUGCUGCAGUGGUCAGUAACUUAAUUGGUUGCGUAGCGGGGGUGGGCAGUACAUUUGCCCAAAAUUUCCUUGUGUUUACUAUAUGCCGCUUCUUCAUGGGGCAUGUCUUACGAUAACUGCAUGAUGAUGAUUUACUUACUUGUGCUCGAAUAUGUAGCGCCAAAGUAUAGGACGAUUAUGGCUAACUUGUCGUUUAGUAUUUUCUUCACCCUCGGUGUGUGUGCGCUGCCUUGGAUAGCUCUGGCUUGCAAUCAUUGGCAAAUAACUUCAUUAGUCACGAGCAUCCCUCUUGCUUUAGCUGUACUUACUCCAUUUGUCACUCCUGAAAGUCCACGUUGGCUGAUGUCCAAGGGA